AUGGCUGUGGACUCCGGGAGAAUGGCAAAUCACACACCCGCUGUUGUCAAUGGACACUCGGAGACUCCAUCGUCAGCAACACCAGAUUCGAAACCAACAUCCCCCCCCUCCGACAUCUACAAUGCAAGCUCCGUCGCCGAAAUCAAGGCCACACUGUCCCACCUGCACGACCAAGAGGCCGCCGUAACAGCUCGACUUGACGCUCUCGUUGCCUCUCAAAAAGAUUUUUCGCGAGAACUGGGUCGGCUCGACCUCCUCCGCGCUCAUCUCGGCUCCCAAACUAGUACCGCGCGAGCAAUCAGCAAUGGCAUGCUCUCUGGUGCCGCUUCAACCGCGGACCGUAUCUCCAGUGCAGUUCGUCGUCUAGACCUAGAACAAUUGAGGGUAAAGAGUACGCUAGAGGUUGUGGAGCAGGUGUCAGAGUUGAAAGCGUGUGUUCUGGGCGUGUCAGGCUCAAUGGGGGCUCCCCAAGACUGGGAGAGGGCAGCCAGCUAUUUGGACCGCGCGGCCAAAGUGCCCUUGGAGGUUGUUCAGGGUGCCUUCGCAGCAGAGAUGGUACCCACUGCGGAGGUCCCGGAUCCGCCAAACGUGACGCUGAACAAUGCGGCCGAAUCGCUGUGUGGGCUGUUUCUGCGCGAGUUUGAUAAGGCUGUCAAGGAAAACAAUGGGGCUAAGAUCACGCGAUUUUUUAAGUUGUUCCCGUUGAUCGGACGCUCGGAAGUUGGUUUAGAUGUCUACGGACGAUAUGUCUGCCAGGGUGUGGCGGCCCGAGCGCGGUCGAAUCUCAAUACGGGAACAGGGCAGGAAGACGGCUUCUUCUACGCCAAUACACUUAGCAAGCUAUUCGAGCAUAUUGCGCAGAUCGUUGACGGCCAUGGAGCGCUCGUCGAGCGUCACUAUGGUCCUCGGAAGAUGAAUAGAGUCGUUGAGCGCUUACAGCUGGAAGCUGAUGUGCAAGGCGGCAUUGUUCUUGACACCUGGAGCGAUGAACGGCAUAUCGACCGCAAAUUGAUGGACGUUAAAUCAUAUGCUUUUACAUUCUUAGUUCAGAGCUUUCUUCCCCCUCAACGGACUACGACGCCAAGAUCCAAUUCUCCGGCCACCCGGGAUGCCACUGCGGAAGACGAAGGAGUGGACAUGAAGGAAAUCGAUGGGCUGUUGAAUGAAAUGGCCAUCAUGCUAAACCGGUGGUCGCUUUACAGCCGAUUCCUAGCAGAGGCAUGCAAUCCAAACGAAGAGCAAAAGUUCGAGUUACUCCAGUUCUUGAAAGAAUCAGCUCUUUCCAAGAAGAUCGGUGAUCGGCUGAUCUCCCCCUUCAACAUCAUGACGACAUUCUUCUUCAGACGAUCGGUUGAAAAAGCGUUCCAGCUAGAUGAGCAGCCCUCGGGCUUAACUCUUAACCGCCAGCGGCCGUUGAAGGCGGAUCCACCACAUAUCACGUCCGCAGUUGAUGACAUUAUGUUCAUCGUCAACAAGGUCCUACAGCAGUCUCUCUCAACGUCUCAGAUUGGAGUCAUCACCAACGUCGUCCCAACCCUAUCGCGAGUCCUUGGGUCUGACUUCAUCGGAAUGACCCAACGCAAGAUGCGCGACGAGUGCUACCCUCGGGCAACCCACCAGGGGGGCUCUCCUCCAGAACACAUCGUCAUCUCUUUCCUGGUCCUUGUCAACAACCUGGAAGUAGCAGUUGACUACGUCCGGCGCAUCAUCCAAAACAUCACAGAGUCCAAGACCGUCACCAAUCCAGAGGGUCAGCCUGAAGAAACCAACCAACUCCGAACACUCUUUCCUUCCCCAGCCGACGCAGCAGUUGUCUCCCAAACCCUCAGCACUCUCUCCAAUAGCUUCGAGGCAAAGGUCAACGACCUCCUUUCAGACGGCAUCCAAGUCGUCUUCAACAACAUCAUCAAACACCGCCUCCGCCCCAUCCUCUCUGAUACCUUCCGCGAUAUCGAAUACCAACCAGCUUCUGACACCGCCCCACUAACAACCUACCAGUCCGACCUCGACUCAGACUCGGACUCCGCGCCCCCAGACAACGACCCAAACUCCCCACGGGAGCUAGUCCGCCCCCGCUUCAGCACAGCCUGGACCGAGCUCCUCGCCCCGAUCUCACGAAUCCUGAAUAGCGCUGCCUUCGACCGCCUCCUAACAGUAACAAUCGCGUACCUUUCGCGGCUUCUCGAAAAGCGACUAUGGGCCUACCACGGCCGCGUCAAUGCGCUCGGCGCAACCCGCCUCGAGCGCGACGUAGCUGGUCUUGUCAACGCUGCUGUUGAUAUCCCCUCUGCAGGUGGGGCUGGUGUCUCGGGCCGGUACCGGCACCGAGAGGCCUUUGCGCGGUGUGUACAGAUGGCCCUUGUAAUGGGUAUGGAUGAGGAUGAGUGGGACGAUGUACUUCGAGGUGGGGAGACAGCGGAUGUGGUUGAUAAGUUGAAUGCGGAGGAAAGGAGGAGAGUUCGCGGGAUGGUUAGGCGGUAG